AGGAUACUUUAAGUUCAGAGCGACAUUUAUGAGUAUAAAAAUUUGUUGAUGCAUAAUUUAUAACUAUACAUUGUAGAUACAAUGAAAACAAUAUCACUGUUCUAUUUUAUUCUAUGCGUUGCUGUGAGAUUUGCAUGCACAGCUGAAUUAUGCACUCUGCCAGGCGGAGGGACAGGCAAAUGUAUUUCGAUCAACAAUUGCCCGACAAUAUUAUCUUUAGUAAAUGUAGCCAGAACUAACAACAAAAUAGCUAAUUACAUAAGGAACAUCAGAUGUGGAUCUCGUGAUGAGAGAAAAGUAUGUUCAGUUAAGUUUUACACGUUUGUAACAUGGUAACAAAAUGAAUAUUUGUAAAAAAAGGAAAAAACAAUAUUCUUAAACACUGUCAUGGCCCCUUACGGGUAUAGGCCUCCUCC